AUGCAAGGAUGUCGGCUUCCCCCGGAUGUCGCAGCCAUAAGCUCGGCAAUCAGCGCCUGUGCGGAAAGUGAGUGGGAGCGGUCCUUGUGCCUUUUCGCGAAGAUGCAGGAGCGCAGUCUCGAACCGGACACGCUGUCUUUCCUGGCUGUUCUCGGCGCAUGUGAGAAUGAAUUCCAGUGGCGCAUCGCACUGCAGCUCUUGGCCGACCUGGAGGGACGGGGACUGGAAGGGUCCGUUCCCAUCUACAGCUCGGUGAUGACCUCCCUGGAAAAAGUAGGGCACUGGUCCUCGGCCCUGUCACUGCUAACCCGAUGUGACCAACAGCACCUGACCACGGACCUCAUCAUUCAGAACGCGGCCCUGGGCGCCUGCCAACUUCGCAACGCCUGGACUGCGGCGCUGUGCCUCACGUCGGAGCUCGAGCCCAGGACUUUGCGGCCUAAUGUCUUGACCUUCAGCAAG